AUGCUGACGGCUGUCACCUCCGUCUUCGUCUACUAUGCCCUCAAGUUCCUUCGUUUUCAAUAUCGCAAACUCACAUCGCCAUUGCGUCACAUUCCUGGUCCUAAGGCAACACAUUGGAUGAUGGGCAACUUAGAAGUGCUUAGCAAGGACACUCAAUCAACACAGAGGAAGUGGAUAGCUGAAUUUGGGUCAACGUUCACGUUCUUCGGCCCACUCAACGUACGCAGCCUUUUCACGAUCGACACUCGCGCUCUCAGCUAUGUGCUUCAACACGGCGAAAUAUACCAGAAGCCGGAGUCUCGUAGAGAGGGUAUCAUCCACGGACAAGGUCUCUUGCGUGUUCGGGGAGAGCAGCACAAGAAUCAGCGGCGAAUUAUGAACCCUGCGUUCGGGCCCCUCCAGCUGCGCGAACUCACACCCAUCAUCUUUGACAAGGUUAACCUGAUGCGCGAUCUCUGGCUCCGUGAAGUGCCCGCGGACGGCAAGCCUGUGACGCUCAACGCGCUGAGUUGGCUCAGUAAAGCAGCACUCGACAUCAUCGGCCUUGCGGGGUUCCAUUACCGGUUCAACUCACUGAACCCCGAAGGAAAACCGAACGAGCUUAACUCUGCGUUUAGCGCAGUCUUCACCGCGUCCGGAUCGUUCGCUUCUGUAAAUUCGUUUGUUCGGGGAAUGCUCCCCAUUCUGGAUGCUGUGUUCCCUGAUAAACGCAGACUAAAGGUGAUGGAAGCACGCAAGAAUAUGGCGCGCAUCGGGGGCAAGUUGCUCGCGGAGAGCAAGGCACAGUUCAGCGACAACGAGAAGAGUGAGGACAAGAGCAAAGCCAGAGAUCUAUUGAGUCUGCUAGUGAAGGCAAAUAUGUCGCAGGACGGCGGGCGGCAUCUUACUGAUGACGAGCUCAGUGGACAAAUUCCGACAUUCCUGGUUGCAGGUCACGAAACCACCAGCACCGCAACAGCGUGGGCACUUUUCUCCCUCACACAGCACCCCGCUGUGCAAUCCAAGCUGCGCGAUGAGUGCCUCACAAUUUCAAUCGACACGCCAACGAUGGACGAGAUCAAUGCCCUACCUUACCUUGAGGCUGUCGUCCGCGAGGUGCUGCGCGUGCACGCGCCCGUACCGCUCACGUUCCGUAGCGUCACGAAGGAUGACGUCAUUCCGCUUGGAACGCCGUUCGUGGAUGUCAAUGGGUUGAGACAUGAGAGUAUCAAAGUAGCGAAAGGAGACAUGGUCGCGAUCCCGAUCAUGUCCACAAAUCACUCAGCUACGAUCUGGGGCGAGGAUGCGGAGACGUUCGACCCCGAACGUUGGCUCGAAGGCAACACGCCCGAGGGCGCCCAUGGGAUCCCUGGUGUGUGGGGGAACCAGAUGACGUUCAUGGGCGGGCCACAUGCGUGCAUUGGCUUCAGAUUUUCGCUUCUGGAGAUGAAGGCUUUGCUCUUCUCUCUACUCCGUUCGUUCACAUUCGAGCUGGCUGUUCCCUCUGGGGAUAUUGUGCCGAAGCAGACGAUUGUGCGCCGGCCGACUGUUGCAUCGCAGCCCGAGAAAGGCGCACAGCUGCCCGUGGUAGUCCGCCGCUACGAGGCAUAA